CCAAAAAUUAACCCUGCAAUGCAAGUGGUAAACAGGACUUCUCCACUCACUCCAUAAGUACUCUCCGCCUUCUCCCACUACCCCCAAUCAACUCUCAACCUCCAAAUCAAUUUCUAGGUGUAGAGUGUUUGUUAGUUAGUUAAUUUCUCAUUGUUGAGUGAAAGAAAAAGAAAUUACCAUGGUGGCCAAGAUCCUCUACAUUGCGUUCAUUAUCUCUUCAAUGUGGAUUGUUGAAGCACGAAUUCCAGGACUUUACUCCGGUGGUCAAUGGCAAACUGCUCACGCUACUUUCUAUGGAGGAUCUGAUGCUUCCGGCACCAUGGGGGGAGCAUGUGGGUAUGGAAACUUGUACAGUCAAGGGUACGGAGUGAACACAGCGGCAUUGAGCACAGCACUGUUCAACAAUGGUCUGAGUUGUGGUGCUUGUUUUGAGAUCAAGUGUGCAAAUGAUAGGGAGUGGUGUCAUUCGGGAAGUCCUUCCAUUUUUAUUACUGCAACUAACUUUUGUCCUCCUAAUUUUGCUCUUCCAAAUGAUAACGGUGGAUGGUGUAACCCUCCUCGUCCUCACUUUGAUCUUGCCAUGCCCAUGUUUCUUAAAAUUGCUGAGUAUCGUGCCGGUAUCGUUCCCGUUGCUUUUCGCCGGGUGCCAUGCAGAAAGCACGGGGGAAUAAGAUUCACCGUAAACGGGUUCCGUUAUUUUAACCUAGUGCUGAUUAGCAACGUGGCGGGUGCUGGAGAUAUCGUGCGCGCGUACGUGAAAGGCACUCGAACCGGUUGGAUGCCACUGAGCCGAAACUGGGGCCAAAACUGGCAAUCGAACGCGGUUUUGGUGGGCCAGUCACUUUCCUUCCGUGUUUCAAGCAGUGACCGUCGCUCCUCGACAUCAUGGAACAUUGCUCCACCUAGUUGGCAAUUUGGUCAAACUUUCACCGGAAAGAAUUUUCGGGUCUAAACAUUCACAUCAAUGACAUCAUAAUGCUAAUAUAGUAUUUUUUUUUUAUAUUGAGAAAGCUCAAUUUUCUUUCUCCCGCCAUUUACUUAUUUCUAGAUGGUCUUUUUUGACUGGAUGCUUGUGACAAUGAGAGAAGGAAAAGAGAAUGACAACUUAAAAUGUGACUAGGUGUUGAUUUUUAUUGGUAACUUGGUAGGGUUUGAUAUUAUGAAUAUAUGAUAUUAUAUUUGAUAUAUAACCAAUGAAGGUGCCAUCGUUGAGGUUACGUUGAAA